CUGGUAGGUGACACAUGGAACACGGCCACACCUGGUGUUACCGGUAUUGUCACUCCUAUCACGUCUUCAGUGGUCCUAGCCCCAUCGACUGCAGUCUCGACAUCCAGUGAUGCGCCUGUUUCUUCAUAUAGUGUAUUUUCUUCCUCCCAUACUGUCCAACCUGUUGUUGCGGGCGAUCACUCGGAACCCGGCGUAGUGACUUCUCAUGAACCGGUGGCUGGUUCUCACCAAUCUGAAAUGGAAAUGGCACACGAGUUGCACACGGCUACUACAUCUGCUGAGGAAAUAUCUGAGACAGCACAUCUGGUGAAAGUAUCGACCUCCAUAGCAGAAUCCAUCCCGUUUACAUCGUUAGUUGGCUCUCAGGAUUCGUCUGCCAUCAGUAUUGCGGAUGAUCAACAAUCUGUAUUGAUUUCCGAAAUUGAUCAGACCGGUGUCUCAGUUGAGCAAACCGAGCCAAAUCAUGUCCCUACCACAGAUUUACCUCAGUCUGAUCAAGAUUUGCACGAAGUUUCCGGUAUAAAUCAGCAAGAAACUUCCGCAGUAUUGGCCGAAGAUGAUGAAGAGGAAGAAGAAUUGCCAGAGGAAAACGAUACAGAAGAACCGGGAGAAGAUGACGGUUUAGAUGAAGAGGAAGGUAACGAGGAUGAAGCGUAUCCUGAACAUGGUGAAUCAGAAGAAGAGGCUGAACCGUACUCUGAGGAAGAAGGGGAAGACGAAGGUGAUGGAGAAGAGGAAGAUUUGAACGAAACCGCCGUUGCUGAUGGUUAUGACGAAGUGAUAGAAUUGAGUAGUAAGUCCGCUAUUUUCUUCUAA